AGCUUGGGGGGGGUGGCCAGGGGGUGAGUCGGAGAUAAACACUCGGCAGGGGUAGGUGGCAGUGCCUCCGCUCCGUGUCCUGUCACGGUAUCGGUGUCUCUGUCGCCCCUUGGCCGACUCCCAGGGAUCGUGGUCCCCGGCGUGGUGUGUGUGUAUUGGGGUGACCAUCUCACCGUCUGUCCAGCGGACGGGCAGCGAGGCCACGGGCGCUGGGGGUUGGUCCCGCGGCUCCGGCCCCCGGUGGAUGCAGAAUGGCGGUGGCGGCGGCGGCGGCGGUUCGGAUGAACAUCCAGUUGCUGCUGGAGGCAGCCGAUUACCUGGAGCGGCGAGAGCGAGAAGCUGAACAUGGUUAUGCCUCCAUGUUACCAUACAAUAACAAGGACAGAGAUGCCUUAAAACGGAGGAGCAAAUCCAAGAAGAAUAGCAGCAGCAGCAGAUCAACACACAAUGAAAUGGAAAAGAAUAGACGUGCCCACCUUCGCUUGUGCCUUGAGAAGCUGAAGGGGCUCGUACCGCUUGGACCUGAGUCGAAUCGUCAUACUUUAAGCUUAUUAACAAAAGCAAAGUUACACAUAAAGAAGCUUGAAGACUGUGACAGAAAAGCAGUACACCAAAUAGACCAGUUACAACGAGAACAGCGGCACCUGAAAAGGCAGCUGGAGAAAUUGGGCAUUGAGAGAAUAAGAAUGGACAGCAUAGGAUCAACAGUCUGCUCAGAACGCUCUGACUCAGACAGAGAAGAAAUUGAUGUUGAUGUUGAAAGCACAGACUAUCUCACAGGUGAUCUGGACUGGAGCAGCAGCAGCGUGAGUGACUCGGAUGAGAGGGGGAGCAUGCAGAGCCUCUGCAGUGACGAGGGCUACUCGAGCUCAAGCAUUAAGAGAAUAAAGCUACAGGACAAUCACAAGACUUGUCUCAGUCUAUAAGAGACGGCUCUAGAAGUGGCUGCCUUCCUUAUGGUUUUCCCUUUUGGAUCUUAUUAGGUAGUAUAUUGGACCUUCCCACAAUUCCCUUGCACGUGAAAUUUCAGUGUACCACCACCUUUACCCAAAUCAGCUUUGCCUAAGUUUUCAGAAAAAAAGUGCAUAGGGUUGUGGGUUUACAAAGCUACUCUCUGGAGUACACAUCUGAUUGCAUCCACUAGCUUCUCUUUCUGUCCAUAAAAAUUCAUCUCUGUGAGACUGUACAUUCCAACCAAAUUUGGAAACAUCCAAGAAUAUUUAGACUUAGAGCCAACUCCCAAAUAUCAGUAAUUUCCCCUUUUACUUAUUGUCAUCAUUUAGUCUUCUCAACCUAUCUUAAAUUCUUCUGUUUGCUAUGUUUAUGUAUCUCGUCUAGCAAAAUUGUUCGAUCGUGACUUCUGUUCAAAGAACCUGAAGGAACCAAACUUUUCAAGUUGAGAUCCUAAUCUCAGAACUAUGAAGUAAGCUUUGAAAAGAGCAUUUAAGAGCGCUUAACUGUGUGCCUCACCCCAGGUUUUCCUGGGAAUGCUAGGAAAAAAAUCCCUAAUCCUCUGAAAACUUACCCCUCAAACACUGCACAUGAAUUUCUUCGGACCCGUAUGUAGCCUUGGGCAAUAUCUCUUGCUUUAAACCAGGCACCUCGACUGGACAACAUGUCUUCGGGGUUACACAACUCAUCACGUUUCUUGAAUGUUUUUCUCACCAACUAAAUGGUACCAUCUAUCCCCAUCUCAUGUUCUGGGGAUUGCACCAUAUUAUCUAUCGCUGAAUAGUGCUGUCCCAAGACACACAUUUAUUUUUCCUCAAAGUUUAAUACUACUUGUCUCUGGGAUAAUUUUUUUUUCUACCUCAGAGAUGAACAAGAUGAUCUCCAUUUCCCAUUAGCACAAAAAAUGAUUAUGCCUCUUUAAAAGAAAAAGCAACAUUUGGUCCAGUUCCAAUCUAUUUUCCUAUUUAACCUUCAGCAAUAAUUGAGCUGUAGAGCUAGCUGAGCUAGCUUUGUCAUUAAUGAAAGGAAAAGUUCACAUUGCUACUUUCUAUGUUGCAAGUAAACACAAGGGGAUAGUACAAUGUUACUACAGUUCCUCACCUUGUUGAAUUAUUUUUAGACACUCCCAGAAACUUGUUUAUGGAGGCUUUGGGGUUGCUAAUUUAGAAAGCUGAUUUCUUUCCCCUCUUUGGCCAUGGUUUCUCCCCAGCUUGGUCCCCCACCUUGUAGCAUUUUUAUUUAAGCUUAACAGAGCACAUGUAUAUGUACAUAAACACAUUAAAUCUAUAAAUACUAUUUAUUCAUUUUUAUAUAAACCAAUGUAAUGGAGAAGAAAUUCUUACAACAUGCUUUUAUAGAUGUUCUGGAAACUUUGUAUGUAGAUACCUGCUCACUAAAAUCUGUUCAUUUUCCCCUUAAUCUUUUUCUUUUGAACAUUGUAAGGCCUUCAUAUUUUGCGCCUCUUUGGCUAAUCUGUUCAUUGAAUUUGGACCAUUCAUAAGAUGCAUAAAACUAAAAUACAGCAACUGGCACAAGGUGAUUAGAGCGGUCCCAAAUGCCGUAGAUACUUCGCAAUUUUAAGGGCUACAUAGCUUAAUCAGUGAUAGACAACCACCAUGGGCUUUCUUGCUUGCCUGCAAUCUUUACCAUAUGUAUGUAUCUUCAGCCUGAUUAUACAUCUAGCUGCCUCAAACCGUUCCAUAUGCUCUACAGUACAAAUUCAGAGAGAGCCUAUGCUCAGACUUUAAAAUUGAUUAGCAGCCUGAAUAAAACUAGAUUACUUUUAGGAUAUUUUUUAAAAUGAUUCUUUAUUGAAUUUUAAAAAUAUGGGAAUUAGGGCUAGUGGAUUUCUUAAACUCCAAAGUCUCUCCUUGUUUUUCCCCUUCCUUUUUUGUGCUAUUUAAUUUUAUUUUUGUGGGGAAAAAGGGGAGGUGGGAGGGUGGAGUAAAACAGAAGGAUUUUUUUUUUAAUAGCUGGAACUUUUUCUGAUUACCAGCAGAAGAUUUGCACUGAAAUACAACUUGUAUGCCUUUUGCAUUUAUUAAGCCUGCUUCCUGAGUCCAAGCAGAAAGAUAGUGUUAAGAGAGUUAGCUCAGCCUGUAACAUGUUUGGAAAAGGUACAGAUAUGCCUGCACUUUGAGGUACCUGCUCUGAUGCCCUUUGCAAGACCUCACAAGCAUUUUGUUGGUUAAUGAAAUGUUACAUUUGAACCACCUUCACAAGUCCAAGCCCCAAGUUGUAGAUGCUUUAAGGCAUCGGGAAGUGUAGAUUUGAGGGGUAGGGAAAGCUUGUGGGCCUGAAUUGGGGGAGGGAACAAAAUUGUGUAUUUGUUUAUUUAAUUUAGAAAUAAGGCGUCUGAGAGCCGCCAGUAUUUUCUGUGUUUUAGUUGUUGUGCCUUUGAUUUAAAACUGCAUUUUUGUCUCUUUGGUUGAAAUAAUAUUAAAUGUGUUGUCCCAAUAUAAAACAGUAAUUCUUAGACCUUCACACUGUUUGUCUGGUCCUUUUCAAUUUGAUUGCGUAGAAAUGUGGAAGUUAGUAUAUAAAUAUAUGUGUGUAUACACAUACGUGUAUAUAUAUUUAUACACAUAUAUUAAUGCACUUAUGUCAAACUGACACCAGGGUUAGACAUGGCUUUCAAAAGUUCUAAGCAGACAAAGUUAGCUUGCCAAGCUGGGCUCCAGGGUGACCAAUUCCUAAAUUAUUGGGACCAACCCUGGCAGUUUCUUCUCUGUGAUCCUCUUGGUUGUAAACCAACUCAUGCCAAGGCAGCUAAUUCCCCCCACGUUGCUGAAAUGGUAGCACUGAUUUGCCAGCCUUUUCUCUCCAAUUCACUGAUCCACCAGCAUUAUUGUUAAAGAGCUGCAUCAGGGGUUUUGUUUGUUUGUUUUUUGUUUUUAUUAAAAAGAAAACCUUUUUAGAUGGGGUAGUUGAGGUGGGGGAGGGGAGGGGCCAAACAUGUAAACCCCUAGCCUUUAAGACUUUGACAGUUGUACCUAUGGAUAGAUAUGUAUGUACACAUAGCUACAUGCAUGUUUCUGUGUGAAAGUUGAUUUAAACUAACACCCAAUCACGGCAUUCUUGGGUUUCACCGUUGUAAUGCAAAUGGUGAAAUUGAGACUUGUGGUCCUUCUUUGGAACAAACAAACCAAACUCUUGCACUUAGAUAAUAAGCUUAAUGAAAUUCUUACAGUAACAUAUGUAUAUGUAGCAUGUCACUGUUCUAUUUUAACAUCCCAAAAAGUAUUGUCUUUAUUAUUUGGGGCUUUGUAUUGAGUGCUGAGCACCCAUUGUGUAUUUAUUUCAGGCUUUCUUCUGGUAAGCAGAGCUCUUGAAUUCUUCAAGGUGCUGAUAGCCACGCCAUGUGAAUUUCUUGAGUCACAAGGUUAAUGCUAAUUUGAUACCAAUUCAAAGAGCACAGCACUUUGAGCAGACCAGGGAACUCUUCUGCCUGUCCUUAAACAGGCAGAAACGAUUUCAAUACUGUGUUUCAGUGUUGGGCAUUAUGUGGGGUCUUGUUCUUGGCCAACCACUUUAGCACUUUGGUUGGGGGGACUCUCUGGCACUUCCCCUCAUCCUGCACCUCGGGUUUGUUGUUCUUGUUUUUAAAUGAAAUGAAACAAAACUUCUGACUUGCGUUCCACUGCCUCUGCCCUGACCCCCUGAGAUGUGGCCAAGAAUACACUGUGUAUUUGAGAGGAGGAUAGUACUCAGUCCACAUCAACGAAUGAAAGCAGUAACAAUCUAACAAUAUUUAGGACUGGAUGAAGGGGUUGGUAGGGUUUCCUCUUUCUGCCCCCACUUGUGUAUUAAUUUCAAGUUUUGCCACUGUGCUAUAUUGGGAAGGUUUCUUUUCUCUCUCUCUCUUCUUUUCUUUUCUUUUUUUCUUCUUUCUUUUUCUUUUUACCAUGCUCUAGAUGAUCUCUAGUUGCCUUGUCCCUUAUUUCCUCUUGGCUUCUCUGAUAUCCUACUCACCUCCCUUCCUUUCAAAUUGGAUAUCUGGUGGGAAAAGGCAAGCACGUCAACAUGUGAGAAAAAUACCUAUUACUUGCAUGGUACAGCUACACACCAACAGUUGUGGAUAGAUAGCUGGCUACUCCUAUUUAAAGUUCUUCCUGGGAGGAGAGAAUCGAAAUGGGCCCCAGAUAAAUGUGAUGCCUCGUCUACAUAAUUCUCAGUGCUAUAAGAUAUUUUCUCUUUCUUUCUUUCUGCUACCUGAGUGGGAUGUGAUAAGUGUGAUUUAUCAUGGUUGGUUUUGGGGGGCUUUUUUAACUCUCCAUAUUUAUGACAUGAAUGAAUUUCUUGUGCCAUAGACUUAUGAGAAAAUAAUUGAUUGACUGGCACUGCUAGAUCCAGACUAUUAUUUUCAAAACAGCUGUUGCAUGACUGAAAAAAUUGAAUAUCUUUGUCUUCUAGCAAAAUCAUAAAAAUCAGAGUCAGUAAAGUGGCCAAUCUGUAGAUUUAUCUAGAUUUAGUUUAUCUUAAACUUUUCUUUCUUUUUUUUUGGCAGUUCUUUUAAAUUUUGCCUAAGAACCACACUUGCCUUUAUCCCUCCCUUAUUCCUAGAAUUGGUGCUCUUUGUAAUAUUGCUCUUUAAAAUCAUCAGUUUGGGGGUGGGUAUGUCUUCUGAAGGGUAAAUACAUCCUAAAUAGGGGGAGCAGCAGAUGGGAGAGUGUGAAAUUCUGUUUCCAGAUGUUCAGUUCCUAAUGUAAAUACCACGCCAAUGUAAAUCCUGGGUCAAGACCAUAGAGAAUGGUGCUUUUACUACAGUGAGCACAUGCAUUUUUAGAAACUACAUGUUUUAGAGAUCCUUGCUGUGUAUAUGUAAACUUCUGUAUUGUUCAACUGUUAAAAAUAAGAAGAAAAAGAAAAUAAAUUAUUUCAUUAUUAAA